UCAGAUUGUUCUUCUGCCAGUGAUUAAAAAAGGUCAAAUUAACACAAGAGAGGAAAAAUUAAGGGAGGGGUUCCUUGAUGACCGAGGAGUAAUGUGGAAACCCGCGGGUUCAUACAAUCUUCCUUUGGCAAAAUCCUUGCUUCAUUUGCGUUAAUGUUUAGCUUUUCUCAUUCUCUCUCUUCUGGAUUCCGUGAUUUUUCAUUUCCCCCCAAAGUUUGUUUUACAGUUUUAACUGGUUGUUAAUGAAUAGUGGGUCACAUCAACAGGUGGCUGAGAAGGGUAGGGAUAGCCUACGAAUUUAGCCCUACGGCAUUAACUUUGCGGUCACAUCAACACCCUCUGCAAUCUGCAUUCCCUUCAUCCGCAUUGGUUGGAAUGGGAUUUUCUUUCUUCUCACUUACCCCUCUCCCUCACCCUCAACCUCACCCAACCCCCUCUCUCCAUUAUUAUGACCUUAAUUUUUCUCUCUUCUCCAUUUUUUCCACUAAAACCAAACCUUAUCCCUUGCCAUUUCGGCUUCAAACAGUGAACACCCAUAAAAAAGGAAGAGGGGGGCCUGUAGAGAAGAAACACACAAUUGUUCAUUCUUUAACUUCAAAGGUUCUCCGGGUUAACUUGCUUUGGCUUUUGCCAUUCAGAUCUCGUCAUUUAGAGAGAGUAAGUCAGAUGAUAGGAGGUUCUAUAUAUUUACAGCAACGAAGACUCUCCAUCUGAGAACCGAUUCGAGGAGGGACCGUGUGGCUUGGAUACAGGCUUUGGUGUCAACCCGUGGCUUGUAUCCAUCACUUAGACCACUCAUUAGUGAUCACAUCAUAUCUUCUCUCGCACCAAACCAUGUGUCUGUGUCGACCGAGAGGCUCAAGAAACGGUUGCUUGAAGAAGGUACCAGUGAGACCCUCGUGAAGGACUGUGAGCAAAUCAUGCUCUCCGAGUUCAACGAGUUACAAGGGCAGCUUAAAAUCCUGUGCCAAGAGAGAUUGAACUUGCUUGAUACAAUAAGGCAGUUGGAGGCAGCUAAUAUUGAACCUGAGGCCUCUGCCAUACAUGAUGGUGAAUACCAAUUGACAAAGAAUGGAUUUUCAAGUCUAGGACGCGCAAAAUAUAGCGGAUGGUGUAAUGACCAUACAUGUACUAAUUGCUGCCUACGUGGAUCAAAUGCCAUUUUGUCCUCUCCUAAUUUUGGAAAAUGCAGUACAACUGAAUCGUCUGAUGAUAUCGAGAAGCAGGAGUUGGAGGAAGUGUCAGAUGAAGAUGAAAUCUCAUAUUAUGAUACUAGAGAGUAUUUUACAGAACCUGGUUUUAGGUGUGGGUCAAUAGGAACUUUGGACCAAGUGAACGGGUCUAAAGAAGCAAACACAGAAUGUAUUGAUAUGGAAAACAUUAGUAUUGAGAAGGCAAUCAAUAGUUUCAGAUACCCUCACAUAGUUAGGAGGAAAAAGCUUCCAGAUCCUGUUGAGAAAGAGAAGGGCGUAAGUUUAUGGUCAAUGAUCAAAGACAAUGUGGGCAAAGAUCUCACACGAGUUUGUCUUCCUGUGUACUUUAAUGAACCAAUAUCGUCACUUCAGAAGUGUUUCGAGGACUUGGAGUACUCUUACCUUCUGGACCGAGCUUAUGAAUAUGGAAAAUCAGGAAACAGUCUCCUUAGGGCACUGAAUGUUGCCGCAUUUGCAGUUUCUGGAUAUGCCUCAUCUGAAGGGCGUCAUUGUAAACCCUUUAAUCCUUUGUUAGGGGAAACUUAUGAGGCUGACUUUCCUGACAAAGGACUUCGCUUCUUUUCUGAGAAGGUUAGCCACCAUCCAACUGUAGUUGCGUGCCACUGUGAAGGUAGAGGAUGGAAGUUUUGGGCUGACAGCAACAUCCGUUCAAAGUUUUGGGGAAGGUCCAUUCAACUUGACCCGGUGGGAGUUCUUACCCUUCAGUUUGAUGACGGUGAAACAUUUCACUGGAGCAAGGUGACGACAACAAUUUAUAAUCUUAUCCUUGGAAAAAUAUAUUGUGAUCAUCAUGGGAACAUGGACAUUCGUGGCAAUCGCCAGUAUUCAAUCAGACUCAAGUUCAAAGAACAGACGAUUCUGGACCGAAAUCCUCAUCAGGUGAAUGGAUUUGUUGAAGAUUUAAGGGGGAAAAAAGUUGCCACAUUAUUUGGCAAGUGGGAUGACAGCAUGUACUAUGUUAAUGGUGAUGUGAAUGUGAAGCCAAAAGGUUUCAAUUCGUCAGAUUCAACCUUGUUGUGGAAAAGGGUUAUGCCACCCACUAAUCUCACUCGGUACAAUUUGACAUCAUUUGCCAUCACACUCAACGAGCUUACACCAGGACUCAAGGAGAAACUCCCGCCCACUGAUUCCAGGCUGAGGCCAGAUCAGCGGCAUCUAGAGAAUGGGGAAUACGAGAAGGCUAAUAUGGAGAAACAAAGAUUGGAAAAGAGGCAAAGAAUGUCACGAAAAAUACAAGAAAGUGGUUGGAAGCCGAAAUGGUUCCACCAAGAAGGUGAAAAUGGAACAUUUCGAUAUAUUGGCGGGUAUUGGGAAACGAGAGCUCAAGGAAAAUGGGAUGGAUGCCCAGAUAUAUUUGGUGAAUUUAAUGAAGUCACUGGGGAACCAUUGGAUGCGUCUUGAUUUUUGUUCAGAUAAUAAUAAUGAAUGCGAAUUUCUUGGGCGGGUUUAUCUUGAACCUUCUUGCAUGGCGAGUAUGGUUUACACCAAACCGAAGGGAGAGUUAGCCUUUUGGAAAAGAGAACUACUGAAAAAUAAGGCUCUUUGUAGAGAGCCCUUGUGAUUUUACCAUAAAACAAGGAGAAUGAGAAGUUGCAGAAAAAAUAACUUCAACCAAUUGUCGUACCUAAAAGUUGCUAUGUGGGUUCAAAAUGACUUCAAUUGGCCAUUACUGCUGAAUGAAGUUAUGAUUUUGUUGACCUAACGUACCAAGGAGUUUCCACGUACACAGCUCUGAUCUUGGCUUGCAAAGAAGAGCUUUGGAGUUAUAAAUCUCAUACCGAGGCUGGUCUUCAUAUAGUCUAGAUGAGCGUAUAAUAUGAUCGAGCAAGUUAUUCAACUUUAGAUCAGUUGUUAGAUUAGGGUGUCAUCUGUAAUUUUAGAUUGUCAUAAUCUUGUUUUCUCUUAAUUGUUAGUAUGUGUAAUUAAUUAAUUUGGGGUAUUAGUUUAUGUAAGUUUGUCCUCCUUUAUCCUUGAUAUAUAGCUAGGCGUCAUGGCCAAAAGGGCUAUCCAUUUAUUUUAUAUUUGUUUGCAUUUUCCAAAAAAAUAAAUAACUAGAUGCAUAUCUAAUUUGGAAGUGUAUCACUAUUUUGUUUCAUAUAUAAAGCUUUAAUACCAAAUAUUCAACA